AUGGCAGAUAUGGAUGACGGCGACGAUGAAUUACUUUACAGCAGCAACAAUGCACAGGAUAAUGACAUUUCAGAUAAUCAUCGCACUCUUGACUCCACUCAUGUAGAUGAAAAUAAACCGUCUGGCAGUGACAACCAAGAGGCCAAUGACGCCGAUGACAGCGAUAGUGAUGAUGACAUUGAGAUUGUGCUUGCAGUGCCAGACGAUGCUUCCAUUUCAGGAUCUGGUGUUCCAGCAGCAGGAAAUGCAGACUCGGCGCAUACUGCUGCAAGUGCAGCUAUUCUACCAGCAAAUUCAAAAACUGUUCAAUCUAAAUCAGCAAUAGGAUUGCCCAUCCCAAGACAAGAUUCAACUGCUCCUGCUGCACAACAACCCGCUACUGGAUCAGGGAAACCUACUAUUGAUAUCGAUGCUGUUGGACAAUAUGAGGGAAAAGAUAUUUUAGAUGUGGAUACGGAUCAAUUUGAAGAUAAGCCAUGGAAAAAACCAGGUGCAGAUAUCACCGACUACUUUAAUUACGGAUUCAAUGAACAAACUUGGAAAACAUAUUGCAACAAGCAAAAGAUGAUGCGAGAGGAAAUCCAAAUGCAGAAGCGACUAAAUCCAUACGAUCUUCCAAUGGAUUCAGACUAUGGAUUUGACAUGCAAGCAUUUGCUGCUCAGCAACGUAUGCUGGGUAAUCCCAUGCCGGUUUUUUCUACUGGAAAAUACCAACGGUUACCCCAUACUGGCUAUGGCGCAGAUAAUACUUUAAAACAGCAAUCUAUUAUGGGGAAAAGACCACGAGAUGAAGAUGAUUCUGUCAAGGUGUUAGGAGAGCAAACUAUUUCUACUGAUCGUUCGCGAAACAAAGAAUCAUCAGCUUCUGGGCAUCAAGGAGGGUCAUCUUUGGAUAUUCCAGACCAUCAAAAUCCACCCACCCAGAUGGGUUUUAUUCCUUCUGUGAAUGUAUUUGGAGACAUUCAUAGACAUUUCCCAGGAAACCCAGAGUUGGGAGUUAUUCAGCAGCAUCCAGUGUUUGGCCAGUUUUCUCAAGGACCUGGUGGAAAUAUACCACGUAUGGAUCAUAACGAAAAGCUAAUUGGAUUUAUACAUAGCUCUCUGUUACCACGUCCUUUAGAUGGUGUUUUACCUGUCCCAUUUGGGUUUGAUCCGCGUGCAAUACCCGCUGGUCUUGAUCCUCGUGCCUCUGCUGCCCAUAUGGCUGAUAUCUCGGGAAAGCCUACUAACAUUUCGGGCCAGACAGACAGAGAUCGGGACUCCCGCGAAAAUCGUGAUAGGGGACGAGAUCGUGAUAGGGACCGAGCAAAGGAGCGAGAUCGUGACCGUGGCAGAGACAACAGGGACAGAGGUCGAGAUUCGCGUGAUAGUCGAGAUCGAGAUCGUGACAGGCAAGUACAUGCACGCAAUCAUUCAUUCAAACAUUAG